AAUAUGUCAAAAGCUGCUGGAACGGAUUCAUUCUUUUUCCAAUAUUUCAUCAAAUUCAACAAACCAUGGCCUAGAAAUACGUUAGUAUUCAUCAUAACUUCCCAGUAGAUUGCCAUUGCAUCACAUAGUGGAAGAAACAUUGAACUGUUGACACAAUGAAUCCAUUGGACGGCUUUGAAAGGUUUAUGGAAGGUCUGCGUCCACAUGGGCAGAACCAGCCUGGCCAAGGGCAGCAUCAGUUUUCAAAUCGUGGCAGAAAUGGACGAGGAGGACCCAGCCUACACCAAGGAAUGGGGCAGAACCCGAACCAUAAUCAGCACAGAUUUUCAUUUGGUCCCGGAAAUAACUUUGCAAGAGAUCAAAUGGGACCACCACUUUGGGAUCCUGGUGCUGGCCGAGGUCAACAACAUGGGAAUGGGAGGAACUAUUUUUUUGGGCAAAAUGUACGAGGACGUGGAAUGCCUAAUUUUGGGCAACAACCUUUUUAUCAGGGCAAUGUUGAGUUUAAUGGUGUGCCAAGGAUGCCAAAUGCAAGAUCAGCUGGUAUCUCCAGACCACUCGGAAGUGCUACUCCUCCCGACGCCACACCUAGGCAAAACAGCUCCAGUGUUGGUGGAGGCCAGCCUAACCAGAGGAAGAUAUACCUGCCAUGUCAACAACACGUGAAUGAACUGAAGGUCAAGGGCAACGAUCUGCACAAAAAUGGCCGCCACGAAGAAGCAUUAGCUUACUACAGCGAAGCCCUAGACUUGGCGAGGCAAACGUUACCCCCAAGUAACGCUAAGCCCGUCAGUAACAGGAUGUUCGCUCAGUUGUUGAGUAACAAAUCGUUGGUGUUGAGUCUUACUGGUCAUCACCAGGAGGCUUUGAUUGAUGCGAGAGCGAGUAUUGAUUGGGAUUCUGCUUGGUUUAAGGGUUACUGGCGAACAGUGCAGGCUCUCAAAGCUGUCUCACAGAACGACGAAGCUCUCAGAGUUGCAGUCAAUACAUUGAUGAUGAUUGAGCUAACUCAAGAUGUGCGCGUUAACUUCUUGAUGGAAGUUAUCCUGUUGAUUGUACAGCUACAUGGUCCUGCUGAUGAAGUCCUGCCAGGGUUUGGCAUUGAUGCACCAACUUGGAUUGAAAUAUUCAAGAGGCUCGCCUCCGAAAACAAGUGGCAUAUCAUGAAGUUGUUAUUUGAGGAAGAACUAGACAACAUGGAGCAGUGUGGAGAGAACGUGUUUCUGAUGGACCUUGUUAAGUACUGCUGCCAGCACCGAGAUGCCAUGGGAUGGGGUCAGAAACUUGCCAUAGAUCUUCUACAGAGAAAGUGCAAAUAUCCAAAAGAGAAAGAUGAGGCUGCUAAUACUUGUACAGUGCUGAGGAGUGUGCUUGACUUGGGACUUCAGUCAGUCAGCUUCCUGCUCUUGAAGUACCUUCUGACGAAUUAUGACAAAUUACCAGCGCGGAGGAACCAGCGGGAUAUUAACGGCAAUACGCUUCUGCAUCUUGUGGCCUUGUCCAACAAUCCAAACCAAGAGAUAGCUCUCAGGGUGUUGUUGAAUUUCAACCCCGAUUUGACCAUAAAGAACAACGAUGGCCAGAAACCGAUCGACUGUGUUGACAAGUCCUCUCCCCUGUAUAAACUGCUGGCAUGUGAAGAGAAGAAGAAGACAGAGGUUCACUUGAAGGAGAUGAAGCGGUUAACAGCGGAGGGUGACCAGCACGUGAAGAUGAGGAAACACGACAAGGCUCGUUCUUCUUAUGAAAAAGCAGUAGCACUGUGUGAGAUGGCGAAAGUGACCAAGAGAGAGGAGUCCUUGAUGCUGUGCAAGCUUUCUCAAGCCAAAUUCGAGGUUAACCAGAAAGGUCCAGCUCUGACAGACGCCAUCGCUGCUGUGAGGAAGGAUACAUCAUGUUUUGAGAGCCAAAGACAACUUGCAAAGGUCCAAGUAGCUCUAAGUAAAUACGAUGAUGCUGCAGCGACAUUGUUUGCUGCAUUCGGAAUCCUGCGGUCAAGCAAUAGUGAGCGCUACAUGGAUGAGAUCUUGUUUGACCUAGCUGUGUUGUCACCAAAGGUUUCAGGGAAAUCUCCUGGAAGAUUCAUCAACCGCUGCGUGGCAAAAUCUGCUAUCUGGAGCAACGUGGUGACCCGCCUUAGCGGGCGACGAGCCUGGGAGUCUCUCUCACUCAUCUUCCUUGGUGGUGGAAACGGCCACAAGAAAGGUGUUGGUGGCGUCGCCACUGGCUGUAGUGCCAAGAAAGUCUACCUUUCGCCAAUUGUGACGGAGUACAUCAACGAUGUUCGCAGUUGGAAGGACGGGAUCGAGGAUCUCUUGGUGGAGUUGAUCGUUCAUGGUGCCGAUCCAAAUAGAAUAGUAGACCAUCGAGAUGAGCAUCCCAUGGUUCUUGCACUCGAUGCCGGAAUUGCAACAGGAACCUACAAACUGCUGCGAACCUUGUUCAAAUACAUGACCAAACACACGGACAGCUUGGGAAGGAACCUCCUGCAUCACGUCGCCAUCCUGUACCACCGCCAUGCCCAAUCUAUACCCAACCUUCCCGAGUUGUUGGAGGUUCUCAUCGACAAAGGCGUGGAUCCUUGUCAGAGAGACAACGAUGGCUUCCUUCCGAUCGACCGCGUCAUCCGCUUUACCCAUCUCUAUGAACUACUCACAAGGAUGAUGGAGGUCAAAAAACAAUCUGAAAAAAAUACUGAGGCAAUAAGAAGAAUGGAGGCAGCAAAAGUGAGCGCACAGUCAAGUAAGACGAAAUCAAAACCGAGGGAUAAGUGCGGGAAGUGUCAGGAUGAUUACUACGAUGCGCACGACUUACAGCUAAACGACUCUGAGAAGAUGUUUAGACUCUGCGCUGGGAUUAUCAAAGAGAAGAGGCACGUUAAGGCGGAGCAUGAGCGAUGGUUGAAGAAAAGCCAGACGUUGAUCAUGACGAUCAUGAUCAGCGAAAGAGAAGUCCCCAAGUACUUGGCCACUUUGGAUUCUGCAGAUUAUUCCGUAUUCGUCCAUUUGGCAGCUAAGGAGCAUUGGUGGCUGGUUGAGCGACUGCUUGAUGCGUACACUGCUGCUUCCCAUUGCACAAGUGACUUGGCCAAAGAUAUUGAUCUCACUAGGUUCUUUGGAAGCACUGGAAACUACCACAGGUCAUCUCCAAAACGUCGCUACCAGGCCUUGGAGAAGAUCCUGGAAGCUGGUGCGUCUGUUACGGAGCGUAACACAAAUAACACCUUACCACUUGAGGCAGCUGUGAGCGGUGAGGACUGGGGAGCCAUCUCAUUGCUCAUCAACUAUGGUGCCAGUCCUGUCGUGCUAACCUUGCAACAGGGAGAUACUCCACUCCAUGUGGCUCUUCAGAUUGCCAUGAGCAAAGAUGGAGGAAAUUUUGGAGCCCUCCGGUGCCUCCUUGAUCUCCAUGCCAGUGAUUCGGAGAAGUACUACUAUCUUCAUCCAUCAACACAGGACAGUGCUGGAGACACCUUAUUCCACGUUGCCGCCCAGGGUCAGUGCACCCGCCUUGCUCGUAAGGCCGUAGCCUUCCUGUUCGAUAGCGGUGUGAACCCUAAUCUACGCAACAAAGCGGGUAAGACAGCACUGCAGUGUCUGCUGAAGAAGGAUGAUCCACGUGCUCAUGACAUCCGAAUGGCAAGUGAGAAGUUCUCUCUGCCUAUGAAAGCUACUAAGGAGAAAACUGGGAAAGGGAGGAAGAAGAAAAAUAGCCAGUUUGUUGUUGAAGACAAUGCUGAAGCUGUGGUAGCCGAUGAAAAGGUACAGGGUCAUGAACCUCAGAAGAAAGUGGAUGUCGCCGUGAGUCAUGCGGUGAAAAACAGGGUUAUGUGGUGCAAGGAUGAGAUACGUCAGUUCCUUGAGGCGUUGGAUAUCGAGUUGCUGGUUGCUGAUGAUGAUGAGUCUGAAGAAGAGUUCGAAGAUACUAUGAGUGAUGCAGCCCAGUCCAGUCAUUAUUCGUCCCCAGAACUAGAUGAAUCUCGUGUGAAUGAGGUCGUUGUCGAGAGCGGCCUGCUGAAGGUUGAACAGAGUGGAGAUCGCGACAGCAGCUUUCAGACAUGCAGUGAAGGUGAGGAAAAUGUUGAAGAGGAGCAGACCUCAAGUGAUCAGACUGCUAACACAACAAAUGGACAGGCGGCAAACAAUAGGGAGGUUAAUUUUGAUGAGAUUGACGACGUAGAGACAGUCCAUGUCCAUGACAUUCGCCCUGGAAGUGUGCAUGAUGUCAGCGACCCUGAUAUUGGGACCUUCCAUGAUGAAGAUGGUGAACAAAUGCUCGUUUUUAGUGACCCUGAUAUUGAGAGCAAUUCCAGUCAUGAUGGAGGCAGUGAUACUAGCGAUGUCGAAGAUGAUUAUGAAGUUCCAGAAAUGUCAACACUGGGAUCUACACUUGAAGAAGCAACCUGGGGACAAGGCAGUGAAGUCAGACAACAGAAAGACGGCUCGACCACUGAAACUGUCAGUUCUGUUCAGAGCAUUGAUGAGCUGCAGCACCAAGAUGAUGUUGCCGCUGAUACCGAGUUCGGUUUGGAUGUUGCUGAGUCCACGAGUGAUGCUUUCACUACUGAAAAUAGAGUAGACACAGUGGAGUCAAAUCAGAAAGAACAGAGUACACUUCUUGAUGCUAAUGCCAAUGAGUCUUCUUCGGUGAAUGAGAAAGGCAAGGCAGUUGUCCAGAAUUGGGGGAAACAUGUUGUGGUGGAGCUAUCAGCACUACUUUCUGGGAAGACAGAAAAACAACUCGGUGAUGAGGAGGCUCUUCCUGACAAAGGAUCUGCCGAUGUUAGUGAUGGUAAUGAUGAUGACAAUGUUGAUCAUGAGACUGAAGGAGACGGAGUUGCCGAAGAGAUUCCUGUACUUCUUCUAGAGAAAACAGAGAUGGAACAUGAACCAGGUGAUAAGCAGGCAUCUGCAGAUUCUGAUCCAGAAUCAGGAGAUGUUGAUGAUGAUGAUGAUGAUGAUGAUGAUGAUGAUGAUGAUGUAAAUGACAUAACUGAAGGAGUACUUGAUGAAUCUGUCUUCAAUGACCUCGAGUGGGACAUGGAAUGCACAGCAGAGGUAUGGAAGAUCCUGUGUAAAAAGGACAUGGACUUCAAGAUGAAAGCUCUUAUUGUGAAGAAGCUCAAAAUGUUGGGGGCAGGCAACCACCAGAAACGUCUGAGUAAACGACUCCGAAAUGUCCCGAAGAGUAUUCUCCUAUAUGAAGCCAAGCUGACCAAAGCUGCUCGAAUCAUCUGGGAGAUAGGCAUUGCAUUUUCUUCCAGGAGGAGUGAACUGCCAAGUAUCAGACUUGGAAAUGAACAAACUGAAGUUGAGACAACAGGCAAGAUAUAUGCCCAGGUUAUCAGGAUUUGGGACAUUGUGUUUGACCAUGACAACAUCUAUAGGAGUGUCCAGAAAAUCGUUGGGUCGCACAGCAAGGGAGAGCAGUGCCUGAUCCAGAAGAACUUGAAAGGAGUCAAAGGUAAGGCAGUUGAUUACUGGCAAGGUGGAAAGCGACUUCCUAUGCUCUUUACAGAGAUAGAGGGCAUCCUUGGGCCCUUGGAUCCUUCUGACAAGAGAUGGGCCCGCUUCUUUCCUCCUGCAAGCUCCAAGGAAACCGAGUACCACAUCAUGAAAUUCUACUCCUUUGACUCUGCACUUGUCAACAACAUUCUUCACAACCAAGGUGAGAAGUUAGACUUCCCAUUUCGUGUGACAGAGCUCGAGCAUGCCAUCAUCAACCUCCAACCCAAACAACCUUGCCCCUUGCUGCUGCUAGGACGGAGUGGAACUGGGAAGACAACUUGCUGUUUGUACCGUUUGUGGACAAGUUUUGUCAGGUACUGGGAGAAGGCAUAUCCAGAAAGUCCAAUCCUUCCACGUGCUGCUGCCUUUGUCAGUUCUCUAGAAGAAGUUGAGGAAGAGGCUGAGGGAGAAGGGGAGAACAGUGAAGGAGAAGAAACAGACGGCUCCGAUGACUCCGAAGAUGAACUGGAACCGUCGGACGAUGAGGAUGAGAAUGCUGUGAAUGAGCCCGAGGUUGUCUAUGAACAUCUUCACCAACUCUUCAUCACAAAGAACCGUGUUCUUUGCACAGAAGUUAACAAGAACUUCAAACUGCUGAGUCACGCCUUUCCAAGAGCCAAGGCCCAUGUUGAUGUUGAGAAUGAGCCACUACCCCACCGCCUCCAGCUUGCUCAUCCUUGCUCCUUCCCAUUGUUUAUCACAUCAAGACAGUUCCUCAUGAUACUUGACGGUUCACUGCCUGAGCCCUAUUUCUUCCCUAGGAGCCCAGAUGGUAGCAUUGAACGAGAGAUUGCAGGGUGGGGAAAGGAAGAUAACCCGCUGAACCUCAUCCCCGACUUUGAUGAUGAUGAAGAUGAUGAGCCUGUUGAACUUGGUGAUGAAGCAGCUGCAGAGCUUGACCCUUUGGUUGUAGAAGCCCAAAAACAGCCACAACAACAUCUGGAUCCGAGAAAAGAAGUCACGUAUGAGGUCUUCACCUACCAGCUGUGGUCUCUAAUGAACAAGAAGCAGAAAGCUACUUGCCACCCAUCGCUGGUUUGGACAGAGAUCAACUCGUUCAUCAAGGGUUCCAUGGAGGCCUUGAACAGCAAAAAGGGCUACCUUGAAAAGGAUCAGUAUCUGCAACUGGGGGUAAAACGUGCUCCUAACUUCACCGGAAACCGAGACCAGGUGUACGCUCUAUUCAAAAUCUACCAGCUGCUCAUCAAGCAGAAAGGGUACUUCGAUGAAAUGGAUGUGAUCUUCAGUUUGUACAAUCGUAUCAAGACCAUGCAGAAACCAGAGUGGGCCAUUCAUCAGAUAUAUGUAGAUGAGACGCAGGAUUUUACGCAGGCGGAGCUCUGCUUGCUGAUUCGGUGCUGCCAGAAUCCCAACGACAUGUUCUUGACUGGUGAUACUGCUCAGAGUAUCAUGCGAGGCGUAGCAUUCCGAUUCAGUGACCUCAAGUCAUUGUUCUACUACGCGAGGGAAUCCCUGAAGGCGAUGGGGAAAACCGAAGCAGUUGGCAUUCCACGCAAAGUCUACCAGUUGACUCACAACUACAGAUCGCAUGCCGGCAUCCUGAACCUUGCGUCAGGUAUAGUGGACAUCAUGCUACAUUUCUUCCCCGAGUCAUUCGACCAUCUUGACAAAGAUCGAGGAUUGUUCGAUGGGCCAAAACCAGUCCUGAUGGAGUGUUGCGACUACAGCGAUCUGGCGAUGGUUCUAAGGGGAAAUAAGCGUGAGACAUCACAGAUCGAAUUUGGUGCGCAUCAAGCUAUCCUGGUGGUCAAUGAGCAAGCCCGAAAAAGUCUGCCUGAGGAGCUGAGCUUUGGAUUGGUGUUGACCAUCUACGAGUCUAAGGGACUGGAAUUCGAUGACAUCCUCCUGUACAACUUCUUCAAAGACUCGCAGGCCAAGAAGGAAUGGUCCAUUGUGCGGAACUUCCUGGACGACUUGAUUGAGAAGUACCAGACACAGGCGAAAGACAGCCGCAAAGGAGACAGUUUCGCUGAUAUCAAUAUAGAUGUUCUGAAUAAUGCCAACCGGCCAAGACCCCUCGACUUCGACCCAGAGAAGCACAAGAUCCUGAACUCCGAGCUAAAGCAUCUGUACACAGCCUUGACUCGGGCACGCGUCAACAUCUGGAUGUUUGAUGAGGAUGAGGAAGCUAGGAAGCCCAUGUUUGAAUACUUCCAGGCUCUCAAUUUGGUGCAGAGCGUGGCAGUCAAGGAGGACCAGGAUGCUCAGCAAGGUAUGUUGGAACUCUUCUCCAAAUCGUCAACGAAGCAAGAAUGGAGGGAACAAGGUGACCAAUUCUUCAAACAACGGCUGUAUGGGGUCGCUGCCAAAUGCUACGACAAAUCCGGGGACAGAAAGCUUCGUCAGUUGUCAUUGGCGCAUCAGCAGGCACUGGAGGCGAGCCGCAUCUUGGACAACAAGCGCAUGUUGAGAGAGAAGUUCAUGUUUGUGUCGCUGGAAUAUCUCAAGUGUGAGCACUUCAUCGAAGCAGCCAAGUGUCUGCAGAAUGCUCGCGAGUACGAGUUUGCUGCCAUCUUGUAUGAAAAACUCAAGGAGUACACAAGAGCUGCGGACAUGUACAAGCGUAUCAAGAUGACCCAGAAGACAAGUCGAAUGCUUGAGUUGGGUAAGGACUACGGAGCUGCCAUACGGCUGCAUUACGAUGAGAAGAGAUAUGAUGAGUCGAUUGCCGUACUCCGGAGAUACCAGAAGACUGUCCAGGAUUAUGAGAAAAAGCGACAGCCAGUUCCGCGAGAAAUCUUGCGGCGGAAACCAGACACCAAAUUCACCAUGCGACACUUGGCGUGGCGCUCGGCUGAACAGCAUUUCAAAGUCGGGGAGAAGAACAGGAAGAGAAUGAUGGAGGCCUUGGAUAACCUCACCCUUGAGGAUGCUGUCAACUUUCUUGAUGCACAUCGAAUGAAGCCACUGGCUGCUGAACUCCUGCUGCAACACGGUAAAAAUGUCGAGGCAGCCAGGCUCUUUCGUAACUUGGGCAAGAUCAAGGAAGCCAUGAACUGUAUCAUUGGAUACGAAGAUGACCCAGAUGUACGUAACCUACUGGCCCAUCUGAAACUGGCACACGCUAGGAUUCUGUUGCAGCAACCCAAGGCAGAAGAGGUCAAAGAAUUGGUCAAAGAAUUGGUCAAAACAGCACGGCCACUCUUCGAGAAGGAGCAGGACCUUGCCAGAGCAGGCGAAUGUCUCAUGUUGCGAGCUUGCUCAGGUUCUACGAAACAAAAGGAGGAUCUCGACUCUGCAAGUAAAUUGUUUGGGAAAGCAGCAUGCACUGUUGGAGAGGUAGAGUGUGCCUAUCAGUUGGUAAAACUGAGUCCUGAUUCUUGUACUCUGGCAGUGUGUGAUUCAGUGCUACUGAGAGCAUUCAAGAAAGGUCUUGAUUUGGUCAGUGCGCUGCUACAUCCCAGCAACGCUCUUGCGAGGGAAGCCGUGAAGCUGUGUGAGAGUUACUAUGGCCUCAGGACCUCAAGUUCACCGAAUAAGCUUGAAGUACUUGUCCAUGAAGCACCACGCAUCCUGUCCAAACAUCUGGUUGCUCCGUCCAAUUCAGAGAUGGACAAGGCUGAAGUUCAUGCCAUGAUUGUCAAAGAACUCCUUACAGAGAAAUUGACGGUACUCAGCCAAUUCGUCCGUGGAAAGAUAGAGAAGAAACGGCAGCCGCUGAUGCCAUGUGCCACAUAUCGCUUACAAGGUGUGUGUGAAGGAGCAAAGGUGGAGUCCACGAACCAGCGUUGUCCGUUCAUGCAUCAUCAACACACCAGGGAUUCUUUCAAAGAACUGGUGCGUGUGACCAUGUCGCUGAUAGAACUUGACGGCUACUUGGCAUCAGCUUUGAAUUCGACCGUCCUUGGAGAGAAUGAGAAAGAGAACAUUCGGAAACUGACUAAUGGCAGUGUCUACACAAGCUGUGCUGAACUCGUCGAGCAGUUCUACCCAACGGAUCGGAUGGAGACCGCUGUCUUCAGCAGCAUUCAUCACUCAGUCCCCACCAUCAGGAUGGUACGCAAUACGGAAACUAUUGGGCAUUUGUUGAAGUACGCAGAGGUGAAGAAAGACGAGUAUUCCGCACAAUCGAAUUAUGCUGGAAUCUUGUGUGCGGAUUUGUUCUUCUGUCUGCAGAUGGUCUACAUGCUGUGCAACAAAAAGGAGAAAAUGACCCAAGUUCUUGCCAGAACACAACAGGCCAAUCUUCCCUCAGGCGUUGUCGCUGUUGGUUUCGAUUGGGUCAGAGACCACCGCGACCCGAGUAAAAAGGUCUCAGUGAAUGUUUUCUACCACCUCUUCAAUAUGUUCCACAUCUUGUACCAGGUGAAAGACCCCAAGGAAGCCAUUGCGAGCUGCAACAAAUACUUCUUCUUGGUUGCAAAGAAAGGAAAUCCUCUGAUGAUGCCGUCUUACUCGAAUACCAUGAUGAUGUUGGAGUACCAGUUUGCCCUGACUACCUGCAUGUACCUGAGGCAUAACAUUGACCUGAUGCACACCUACAUUCCUAAGAGCUACCUGGCACACAUCACUUUCUGGGACUCCAUCAACAACAGUCACAAACGACUCUCCACUUACUCUUUAGUCCAGAACUUUUCCGUCGAACCAGGCUACCUCAAACGUUUGAAAGGAGGACUGUGGUCGAUGGUUAAAGUUUUCAGCGGUUUGGAAUCGGGCAGCUUCUACAUGUGGUCAGCGUUCAAUCCAGAGGGCGAGUCGUGUGUGAAUGGGGAUGCUGAGAGAGUACUAGUGUUCGCACUCACCCUGAUUUUAAACACUAAUCUGAUGAUCCCAAACUUCCACCGGCGUGACUCUAGGUACUCCUUGGAGAAUCUCUUGAUGUAUGAUAUCAACGAGUUGGAUCUUAAAGAUAGUCCAUGUUCGCAGCGACUGAAGGAUGCUGUACAGGCAGUGAAGGCAGCUAAAGGCCACCAGGAUAUUGCAAAGGCUCUUGGGAAGCUCCUGGUGCAGCGAGGCGAGGAGGGGCUCAUGAGGUGUGUGUGGAAGGGAGAUGAUGGUACGAGAACACCGACUGUGCACUGCCAGAAGUUGGAGAGUUAUGAUACGCUCUUCCGCGGUUUCCAUCACUUCACACACGACGAUCUGAGGGAGUCCAAAUCUAAGGAGGCCGUCCGUGAGGAGCUGAGUUCUGCAAAACCAGAAUCGGAAGAGCAAGUCUCUCUAGCAUUCAUUCAGAAUGUCCCAGAGGAGCAGACAAUGACAGAACAUGUCACAGAGGUUGCAGCAGACAUCAUUGAAAAUGAGGACCCUGAUUUGAUAAUUGAUGAUACUAUGUGUAGCACAUGUGGUGACCGUUUCACCGACGUCAGGAAGGGACUGAAUUUUGCUGAUGAAGCAGGGGAUUUGCAAGCUGUGGAGGCUGGUGAUACUGUGACACACAUUUCUGACAGCAGGGACGGGUUGACGAAAUCAGAUGUCAUCACUCGACAAGACCAUGAGGAGAGUGAGGAGCACAAGAGGAAGGUUGAGGAAUGCAUAGUGUUCAAAGAAAAACUCAAGAGACAUGUGGAGUCUAUAGUAGAAAAUACCAAGAAGCUGAAGGACUUACCUCACCCAUCGUUCCCUGCAGAUGAAAUGGGGAUGCUCAAGCACACUAUGCUAAAGCAGUACGAGUCACUUCACAAAUGUAUUGAAGUUGUGCGUACGAAGCGGGAUUGGGCAAAUUGGCAAGAUGUUAGGGAGGCUGCUAGGAAGCUAUUCGAAGCAAAUGGGGAGCUGGUAACCAAGGUCCAGGCUUGGGAUAAGGAGCAAGCAGCAAAGAUGUCAUCUGCUGGAGCUGUGAACAUUGCCAAAGCUGCGACUCCUGAACCAGAUCCCCAAGACUUGGAAGAUGAGGCUUUGCAGAAGGUCGUGGAUGAACCGGACAAAUGGAAAAUGAAAAAACAGAAACGGCUGAAUAAGGCGCGCAGGAAGCCAAACACCAGUAAAAGAUAAUAAUUUUCUUGAUUGAUUCUUCUUUUUGGUUUUCAGUGCCAGUGGCAAGAAAGAGAUUAGUGGUUUUCUGUAAUAAAGUCUUUGCCCACUUGUGUUUUUAGAAAGCAAGUUUGCUAUGUGCGGUAGAUGUUUAUUGUCACCUUUUAGUCAUAAAUUCUUUAUGUGGUACGUUAUAUUGUACACUGUAUGUAUGUUAUCUUUGUUCCGGUAGAACUCGGAGAUUAUGAUUAAUUUCAUGACUCCCGACUCACCUUUGAGACUGAAUUACAGUCAUCAAGUGCCAUUUAUCAGUCCAACUUAGUGGAAGAACACUUUCACAUUGAUCAAUCAUGAUUACUUGUAAAACAAUAUCUGAACACUUUGAUUUACAACAAUAUACAAAUGUUUGAAGUGUGCAUAUUUAGCCAGAAAUAAUGAAGUGAUGAAAUAGACAACAACUUCAUUCAUUGUGAAGACUCUGAUAUUUCUUGAUACACGAUUUAAGCUGUGUUAUAUUACAAGUUACCAGUUAGGUAUAUUUUACACCUGACGACAGAUUAAAGUACUGGAAGAUUGGUUUGAUUUUUGUGCCAAUAGUGUGAUCUGGACUCAUCAAGCAACAUCAUUUUAGUCAGAUACAGGUACAUGUACAUGAAUAUCAUGAUCCUGGACAGGGGUUUUUCGAUCUUUACUGAAAUUAUAAUCAACACCACUCGUAAUAAACUUCAAAUUAACACCAUGUUUUUCGAUAUAAAGUUUUCAAUAUAUAUUUCUAUACCUGAAGAAAACUUCGUAUGAGAUAUCUGUAAUGUUUGUUUUUCUAGAGAUAUUGCCAUGAUCAGGGGUGAGAUUAUUUCCUUGAGAUCGUCUUUUCCAAGGUAUUUUUCCACAGGUUUAUCAUUCAUGCAUCCAACAGUUUAUGCUCGAGAUACUACUCUUUAUUUUACAAGGUACAGCCAUGACCAAAAUAGAUUUCAUUCAUUUAUUUUUUUACCCAGAAAACGUGCUGAGAUGACAGACGACUUCAUUGGGAGACAAACACAUUUGGUCACUUACAUUGUUUAGAUGCUGCAAAAUAGCAUUUUUAUGCCUAUGAACUACUGCCCUGCACGAGCAGGGAUUUUUUGAAGUCACAGAGCAUCAAUCACAGUGUUGGGCUUGACACAGUCAUGAGGUUUUUCCUCUUUGUCCCUGGUGCUGGGGCAUAAGGCCUUCACCAUUUCUGGCGAUCUUCCCUUGUCCUUGACCACUCUUAUUGAUGUGUCCCAAGACAGGCCAAAGGUACAGAUAUAUAUGUGGCUCGCAAAGGAAGUCCUAUUGCCUCUUUACUUGUUAUUGUGAAAUUGGUUCAAAAUAAACAAACAAAAAUAUAAUUUUGGCCAUUGCAGUACUUUGUGAAUUGAAGAGUACCGUGACAACUCCCUUACUGGACACCUCUGUUUAGCAGGACAUCUUCUCUCAUUAGGACACUGUAAUUGGUCCUACAUUAUGUAUUAAACAUUUCCAUUAAAUUUGACCUCUUCAGUCGGGACACCUCUCUAUUAAAGACAGUAUUUGUCAAUCCCAAGGGUGUCCUCGACAGAGAGGUUCCAUUGUAGUAUUAAAUUAAUCUUCAAUUAUGCCAUUAUGUUAUAGAAAGGUUUAUUCAAGAUUACUGCUAUAUUUUGCCAUUUACAGUGAGACAUUUGCUUGAUUCAUUUGUGCGUAGAUGAUUAUGUUGAUAUAUUAUUUGGUGCUUUAUGAUUUUGAAAUUUCAAAGUAUUACUUGUAGGAGUUCGCUGUUAUUUUUACUUUUCUCCUUCCUUGAUUUACAAAAUGCUUCCAAACUGCCUUAUUUGCUUGUUUACAUGAACUUAAAGGGAGACAACAGGCAGGAGCUAGGGGGUCUAAUUUGUCAUCUUCUGGUGACUAGUAUCAAGAGUUACUAAGGAACAGUCUAUUUCGUCCAUGCAAUGUAGUGUAACUAACAGUCUUCCAGUAAACUUGUGACCUGACCCUCAUGGUCUUAUACUCCCUAGAAUUCAUGUUAGCCCAUGACGUUUUGGAUACCAAUUUCUCUUUGUAAUCUAUAUCGGUCCAUUUCUAGCGAACUUAGAAUUACUGUUGCCAUGCAUACAGUAUUCAGUGAUACAUGUGAAUUCCUCUCCCAGCCGAAUGUGAUUACCGUAUAUAUACUUCAUCAAGUUUCCAUUGCCAAAAAACGCCGUUGUUAUACAUUAUUUCAGAAAAUACUUCACAGAGUUUGAGAUUAUGAUCUUCUCUUAAAGAUGUGGCCAUGCAAAAAUUAGGUUUGACUCCCUAUCAAGAAAGUCUAGCCCCAACUUCACUGAUGUUCAGUCUUGUACUGUCUUUGGGAUUUUUGGGACCAACUUUUACCCUGAUGUGCAGGGGCAUCCUCCUCCAUUUAAUGUACUGUAUAAUUUGCACAUUAUAUACUGCUUGUGUUCAUAAGACUAUGCAAUAAAACUGAUUUAUUUUCAA